AGGAUCAUAGCCGAAUAUAUUCUCGCAUAAAAUAAUGCGGCGUAUGCGUAUGAGGUCAGUUGGUCCAAAUUUUACUCCUGGAUCUUCCACCGGUACAUCUGGAAGAGUCGGUGGAGGGGGGGAAUCGGGAGUGGGAGGAUCGGGGAAUCAUUCGGAAGCGCGGAGAGGCGUGAAAGAUCGUUGGCGGAUGCUGUACUAUCAGAUUCGUGUAUCGCAACAGAAUAAUCAGAAGAGGACUACGGCUUGGACGGGUUGCGGAAAGUACAAACUUCGAACGAUUGAAAUGGGUAGUCUUAAUCCAAUGAAAUGGAAGAUCCGAACAUUUGCUUCCAUUGUUGCAACGCUUUUUGUUAUCUACGUUUUUCUUAUUUUCAAAAAAACUCAUUACGCAUCUUUCGAUGCUAUUAUAAAAGAUACAAAACCCGAUGUCGUAUGGGAAUUUGUUGCAGAUUUUAGCAAUAUGAAGAAAUUAAAUCCUACAAUAGAAGACAUCCAGAUUGUUGUUGAAAAUGGAAAUUAUGAUCAUUGGAAGUAUUCAGCAAAGUACCUGGAACAUUUAAGUCACGUGCCGAUGAUCAGAAAUCAAGCACUAGGGCACUUUGCUAUUAUACCAGGUGUUGAUAGUUUUAUCAUAAAUUCCGAGCAUCGCACUUGUUUUCUUGGAAACUGGGGUUGCUUGGACUCUAUAUCGGAAUUCAAAUUCCUCCGCGACGGACAGAAUACCAAAUGUGUUGAAACUGUUCAAUAUGAAUGCCCGAUAGCCCUCUCGAUCCUGUGCCGUAAAGAAGUUAUGUAUCAACGCCAUGAGAUCAUGAAGAACUUGAAACUUCAUUUUGCAACGGUUAAUAUUAAGGCUCAAAAUGAAAAAUAAAUUACUGCGUUUAAACCAAACAGUUUUGCUUCUACGCAGUUUUACGCCAAUGUAAGCAUUGUGUUUCCUUUUAUGCUACAACGUGAUCAAGUGACUAACUACAUACAACUAACUUUAAGGAUCAAAAUUACCAAAUAUCAAUUUUAUGAAUUUAAUUUUAAGCCAGUGCUAUACUAAUUUAAGAAUCUUAGAGCGUUCUAAAUGACGUUGUCUGAGAUUACAUAUUAUAUAUCUACAGUCAACGUAAUUGAGACUAUGAUCCUUCGAAUGAAUUACAAGGGAAAAGCAUUUUUAAUUGAAUUAAAAUGAAUGUUUGCAUAUAAUUAGCAUUACGAAUCAAAUUCUGGAACAGUUACGCGAUUUUCACAUCCGAUCGGCACCAUGUUCGGUAAUAGUGUAAAAUUGUGUAGAAUCUUGGAGAGAGAAAUUCAAAACAUUUCACAUCUUACUUUAGGAUUAAUUCGGGAAACCGUAGCGACAAAAGGUUUCACUUUUACUGCCCAAAGUGCCUUAUAAAUUCGUAUAGUGCAAACCGGUAAUAAUAUAGGGUUCUUAAUUACGCCAGAGUAGUAAAGUGCGUGUAUGUACUUACUGUAUUUUCGUCAAUGUACAUUUAAUAUCUAUGGAAUAUAUAAUCUGUGUAUUUUUAUAAUCAUUUAAA